AUGUGUUCCAGUGUGUUGGCAAAAACCCAGAUGUGGGGGCUUCUGGCCAGGCCCCUGCAGAUUUGUAUUAUUGGAGCAUUCAUUGUCUCCCUGGGGCUUGCAGCUCUCUAUAAGUUUGGUGUGGCUGAACCAAGAAAGAAGGUAUAUUCCAAUUUCUAUAGAAGUUAUGAUUCCAUGAAAGAUUUUGAAGAAAUGAGGAAGGCUGGCAUCUUUCAGAAUGCAAAGUGA